CCAAAAAUAAGAGGCUAAUUUGUCGACUUCUUUUGGGUAGUGAUCCAGUAAUUGGGAGCUACCAAGUAUUUCUUCCUCUUCACGUAAUAGUAUAAGCCAAUUCCAAUUAGUAUUUUCAUCAUUUCUUCAAUUUACUUGUAGCGCUUUGCCAGUUUGAUCGAUUUUGUGGAAGAUGGAAAAUGCUUCGGUCGAUGUUAACCAGCCCCACUCCAUGGGCACCACCAUAAUCGGUGUUACUUACAAUGGCGGCGUUGUACUUGCUGCUGACUCUCGCACCAGCACCGGAAUGUAUGUUGCGAAUAGGGCUUCUGAUAAGAUCACUCAGCUCACUGAUAAUGUCUACGUUUGCCGCUCUGGAUCAGCAGCAGACUCCCAAAUUAUUUCAGACUAUGUUCGCUACUUCCUGCACCAACACACGAUACAGCUGGGCCAGCCAGCUACUGUCAAGGUUGCUGCGAACCUUGCAAGGUUAUUAUCCUACAACAACAAGGAUAGGCUCCAGACAGGACUGAUUGUUGGUGGUUGGGACAAAUAUGAAGGAGGAAAGAUCUAUGGAAUCCCUCUUGGAGGCGCAGUCUUGGAGCAACCUUUUACUAUUGGAGGAUCGGGCUCUACUUAUUUGUAUGGUUUCUUUGACCAAGCAUGGAAAGAGGGAAUGACUCAAGAAGAAGCUGAGAAACUGGUGGUCACUGCAGUAUCUCUUGCCAUUGCACGAGAUGGUGCUAGCGGUGGAGUUGUUCGGACUGUAACUAUUAACAAAGAUGGAGCUACAAGAAAGUUUUAUCCCUGCGAUUCCCUUCAACUUUGGCAUGAAGAACUAGAGCCGGUGAACUCCCUGCUGGAUGUUAUGUCUGCAUCAAGUCCUGUUCCAAUGGUCAGUUGAAACUAGAGUCUCUUUUCCCCUAUUAACAUGCUGUAGAAUUUUGUUAGCUGCUGCUGAUAUACAUGUACUCUUAUAGCGUGUUCUGGAUCAUUGUACUUGUCCCUUCUUUUAAUCCUGCCCUGCAAUGGGUUAAACAUAGUUCUGAAUUCUGACUGUUUCUGGUCCAUAUUAUGUAAGAUUCGCUUAAUUCAGUUCUUCUAAAAAAUUUGGGCUAUGCAUGUAGCCUAUAGUGA